AAAAUGAGUAACCCACAACUAAACUCCAAUGAAGGACUAUCAGGGUCUGGAAGAGUAGAGAACAACCAAAGAAAUCAUACAUUGCCUGUAGGGGGUAAUAUGGGUGAUCCAGGAACCGAUAUGCACGGAUCUAAUAUGAUCGAGCCAUCUAAUAGUCUGUUGGGAUCUUAUGUUGAUUAUAACAAAUAAGAGAGGACAUAUUGAUGCUGAAGGUGCUUUCAGGAGACCAUUGUUUCCAGCAAACUUCCCGAGUGGAACUCCAAGUAUGGCUCCAGGAGGUCAAGGAAGCAGUAUGUUGUCUCAUACGGAACAACAAAUGACUCAAGUGGUAUGGGGAACCAACAUAAACACCUCUGAUGCUCAGCAGAGAUUCAAGAAUUUCUUGACUAAUUAUGUGGAAAAAUCUCAGCUUGAUGAUCCAGACGAGGCUCCUUGCUAUAUGGGACAGAUGCAGCAGAUCUCAGAGACUCAGAUUUAUGUACUUAAUAUGGACUGUAAUCAUCUUUAUGGGUAUGAUGCUAAUCUUUAUAAGCAGUUCAUUAAUUUUCCAAGCGAGAUGAUCCCUUAUUUUGACUCUGUAGUCAACCAGAUGUAUAAAGAGCUCUGCCCAGAUGAUGAUACAGGCAAUGUAAUUCAGGUCAGACCUUUGAAUAUCAGGCAUUCUAAGCUUUUGAGACAUCUGGAGCCAGAAGAUAUUGACAAACUUAUUUCAGUAAGAGGUAUUGUCAUCAGGACUUCUGAUAUUGUUCCUGAAAUGAAAGAAGGACACUUUAAGUGUGCAGCCUGUAACCAAAGACAAUGUGUCCCUGUAUACAGAGCUAAGGUAGAGCACCCAACUGAGUGCAGUAAUUGCAGAACAACCCAUUGCUUUGAGAUCAUCCACAAUAUGUGCCAGUUUGGAGAUAAGCAGCAUAUAAAGCUACAAGAAGUACAAGAAAAUAUUCCAGAUGGAGACACUCCUCACCACAUCCAGCUCUGUGUCUUCGAAGAGCUAGUUGACAGUGUCAGACCCGGAGAUAGAGUAGAAGUAGUUGGAAUCUACAGAGCACAAGGAAUGAGAGUGAAUUCCAACAUGAGAACAAUGAAGAACAUCUUUGUCACCUACAUCGAUGUGGUUCAUAUUCAAAAAGUCGAUAUAUCCAGGUAUGGGGUUGAGACUGAGGAAAAAGAAAAAGACUUUGAUAUUGAAAUGGAAGAUGAUGACCUUGUCGAUACCUUACAAGAGGAUAUCAUCACUUUUACUCAAAAAGAAAUUGAACAAUUUAGAGAAUUUGCUUCAGACAGCAGAUGAUACGAGAGAUUAGUGGCAAGCCUAGCUCCGAGCAUUUGGGAAAAUGAUGAUAUCAAGAAAGGAGUACUUGCCCAACUUUUUGGAGGUACAAAUCGAGAUUUCAGUGAAAGCGGAAGAGGAAGAUUUAGGUCAGAGAUAAAUGUCCUUUUGGUUGGAGACCCUUCUACCGCCAAAUCUCAGAUACUUCAAUAUGUUCAUAGGAUAGCUCCAAGAGGUAUCUAUACUAGUGGUAAAGGCUCAUCAGCAGUGGGAUUGACAGCUUAUGUAUCCAGAGAUCCAGAAACAAAAGAACUCAUACUUGAAAGUGGGGCACUCGUACUAUCUGAUAAAGGUAUUUGUUGUAUUGACGAGUUUGAUAAAAUGGAUGACAGCACAAGAGUAAUUCUUCAUGAAGCAAUGGAGCAGCAGACUAUUUCUAUUGCUAAAGCUGGGAUUAUUUGCACUCUGAACUCAAGAACUGCGAUCCUAGCUGCUGCAAACCCGAUAGAGUCAAAGUAUAACCCUAAGCUCUCUGUUGUCGAAAACAUUAAGCUUCCACCAACUCUUCUAUCAAGAUUCGAUUUGAUAUACUUAGUCUUAGAUAGAUCUUCAAAAAUCACUGACAGAAGACUUGCAAACCAUAUUGUGUCCUUAUUUGGAGAGGAAGUAAAGGAGGCUGAAAAUAAAGAUGAGGUAUCUCGAGAGUUCAUGACCAGAUACAUCUCUUAUGCCAGGAAAGAAGUUGAGCCAUUAAUCACUGAAGAAGCUGCUGAGCUACUUUCAGAAGAAUACCUUAAAAUGAGAAAUAUCGGAAGUGCAUUUAAGACAAUCACAGCUACUCCUAGGCAGCUUGAAAGCUUGAUUAGGCUUUCAGAAGCUCUUGCAAAGAUGAGACUAGCAUCAAAUGUGUUAAGACGAGAUGUAGAAGAAGCUGUCAGAUUAAUAAAGGUAGCUACACAGCAAGCAGCGACUGAUCCAACGACUGGAAAGAUUGAUAUGGAUAUCCUUACCAGUGGAGUUUCCUCUUCUAGAAGAGAUACCAUCACCUCUAUCUGCCAAGUAAUUAGACAGCUGCUGAAGGAAGAUGAAGAAAAGUCUAGACAUGGUGUCCAGUUUUCAAACCUAAGAGAAGAAGUCAAACUCAGAAUGAUGAAGAAUAACAUGGAGCUUCAUGAUAUUGACUUUAGAAAUGCCAUCAGAGACCUUGAAGAUCAACACUUUGUAGGAUUGUUCAGACAUGCAAAGAAUCCAAUAGUCAGGCUUCUUGAGAGCAGAGAUAUGAUGUAA